ACAGGCGGGACCUCCAUGGGCAGGGACACGCUGAGCACAGCCGUGAUCAAGAACGUUAUCACGGUGGCGCUCUGCAUCUCCAUCAACUACAUCAACGGCACCCUGGUCCACACCUUCACCAGACAUCAGAUCUUCUACAUGAACCCCCGUUACAUACUUUUCAUCCACCUGGUCAUCAACGAUAUGAUCCUCCUGACCCUGUUCGGCUUCCUUCUUGUCCUCACCUACAUCAUGUUAGACAUGAGUGUGCCCUUCUGUACCCUGCUGUUGAUAAUGGCCCUCCUGACUGACCUUAACACACCCCUCACACUCGCGGUGCUGGCGAUGGAAUGCUACAUCGCCAUCUGCUUUCCUCUCCACCAUGUCCAAAUCUGCACUGUGCCGAAGACCUACCUGGUCAUUGGCUUGAUCUGGCUGAUAAGUGGGCUCACCGUCCUACCAGAUCUCUUUGUGAUGCUUGGGACAGAGUCCCAUGAAUUCCUCCAUUCCAGGGUCUUCUGCGUGUCGACCACAGUGUUCAGAAAUGCGUACUUCAAGGAGAAGAGAGACGCUUCUAACAGCAUCUUCCUGGUCCUGGUCUGGCUCGUCCUCUUCUACACCUACUUCAAUAUCCUGUUUGCUGCCAAGGCUGCCUCCCUGGACGCCAAGAAAGGCAGGAACACUGUGAUCCUUCACGGCUUCCAGCUGGUCCUCUGCAUGCUCACCUAUGUCAGCCACCUGGUCGUGAUUGGGCUCACCAACCUCCUCCCUGCUGCGGUGCUUGCCAUACGCUUCACUGUGCCUGUAUUCAUUAGUAUCCUGCCAAGGCUCAUCAGUCCCAUUGUGUAUGGCCUGCGAGACAAGACCUUCCGGAAGUACCUGAAAAGGCACUUGUGUUAA